AUGAUAACUAACACCGAGUUUGAUGUGCCCGUAGAUUGGUUGUAUAAGGGCAAGAGUAGGCGCAAGACGAAUACGAAGGCUUCGAGGCCUUCUACGUCACCAGCUUCUACUUCGACUACUUCCGCUCCAAAAGUUGGGGACAAUGGCGUCAGUGGCAACAGCAGCAGCAAGCCACGUACGAGGUCUUCAUCUGUGUCGAAUGCAGCCCUUUCGAAUAUCGAGAAGCAGAGUUCGGACGGCGGCAGUAGCAAUGUGUAUGGCUCAGACACAGACGACAUCCCGCUACUCACGCCCAUCAAUAGUGGUAACCGGGACGAUCCAACCGACAUGGAAAAUGCAGAUGCUAUAGGUGAUGGCGACAGCAAGAGUGGUAUUCCUUUGACAAAAAAGAAACGCUCCACGUCUAUAUCCAAUGCUGUGGUCUCGUCUACACCGAGGUUGGCUAACCCGAACCUAAAUGCAGUUGCAAAUUCUUCUGUUGGCAAGGGGAAGCUCCCACCGAUUUCCUCUUUAUCAAAUGCUACUAUUAAGAGAAGCAGUUCGGCCAGUGGCGAAAAAUCCAAAAGGUCAAUUUUUGGAUCUCUGUUUGGCAAAAAGUCUGCCUCUUCUUCUGUUCCCUCUGCCAAGAAAUCAUUACCUGCUGUCAGCACCUCCGCACCUGUGAUUGACUCGCCUAAUAGCGUCAAAGGCGGCACCGCCUCGAAUUGUCGUGUAAAGGGGCUUUCAUCGCCAAUGGCAGCAGCAGCUCCUGCUAGCAGUAAACCACCCACACCUAUAUCGCCAUCUCCGCCAGUGCUAUCCUCCCCCGGCCUCUCAAUAAAGGACUUGUCUAUUGUCUCGUUAAAAAGAGUGUCGUUUGCCGUUGACAAAUUUGAGUCCGACCCUCCUCAACAACUUCCUUCGAGAACUCCAAAAAAAGGAAAUAUCUUGAUCCCGGAUGAUAUGAUAAGCGAGGCUCCCUCUAUAUCCUUAGGAAUAUCCAGCGCCAAUCAAUCAACCAGGCCGCCUAACUCCAACGUCAAGGGGCCACUGUAUACGAAAAAGUCCAAAGAAUACAUACUGGCAUUGGAGAAUCAGAAACUGGCUUUGAGGGAAGCUGCCAAACAUCAGCAAGAGGCCCAUUUUGCUGCUAACAGAAUAGCCUUUGAAGUGGCCGAUUUUAAAACUGCCGCGAACACAAGUGAUAGGCUUGCUGAAAAGUCAUCAAACAGCUCUAUUUCAAAGCAAGAUGAAGAGUUGGCAAAGCCAAAGGUGGACACUGGCCAUGAGAUUGGCAAUAAUACAUUCGCUGAAACCCUCUCAAAAGUUGGCAUUGAUAAACCUAUCCAUAUGCAUGAGCACUAUUUCGAAGACCUCGAACAAGACAACCGUCAAAAUGAUCAAGUUAUGGAAAAUAACGAAGUCACCCUUGACGUCAUUUACACAAGGUGUUGUCAUUUAAGGGAGAUUUUGCCCAUUCCAUCUACCCUACGACAAGUGAAGGAUAAGACGGCUCCAUUGCAAAUAUUGAAGUUUCUUAACCCCAAGCCCACCUUGAUCGAUGUUCUUUCGUUUUGCGAUUUCAUAACGAUUGCCCCCAUCCAUACAAUUAUUUUUGAUAAUGUCGCUUUAAACCAAGAUAUGUUUAGAAUAAUCAUGUCUGCGUUGGUAAACUCCACAGUAUUGGACAAGUUGAGCUUAAGAAACGUACGGAUCGACCAAGAGGGAUGGAAGCUGCUGUGUAAGUUUCUUCUGUUAAGUAGAUCAUUGAACAAGUUGGACAUUUCUCAAACGAAAAUCAAAUCCGACCUUGCUGAAUCACUGUAUCGCCAUAAUAUGGAUUGGAACUUAUUCACCGAAGUAUUAACGCAACGAUCUCAUAAACCCUUCGAAGAAUUGUUACUUAAUGGUAUUCAGUUCAACAAGAUUCCUUACAAGUGCUUCGAACGUUUGUUGACAUCUUUUGCGACCCAAAAAAACCUACCGGAAUCAGGUAUUAGACUUGGUUUAGCAGGAGCUAGUACCUCCAACAUCUCUCAGGACUGUUUGAAAUUCAUUUUUAACUGGAUGUCUCAAUAUAACGUACAAGGUGUGGAUCUAGCAUUUAAUGAUUUGUCUACUAUGGUGAAGUCAAUGGUUGGUAAAUUGUCUGCUUUAUCAUAUGAUAAUUUAAGAUAUUUUAUCUUGAACAGUACCAAUAUUUCCACCUCUUAUGAUAUGGCGUUGCUUUUAAAAUACCUUUCAAAGCUGCCUAAUUUAAUAUUUCUGGAUUUGAGUAAUUUGCCCCAAUGCUUUCCUGAUAUCUUACCAUACAUGUACAAAUAUUUACCAAGAUUUCCUAACUUGAAGAGAAUACAUUUGGAUAGCAACAACCUGACAUUGAAAGAACUGGCCGUGGUUUGUAACAUAUUGAUCAAAUGCAAAUCAUUGUCCCACGUAUCUAUGACUAAUCAAAAUGUGGAAAACUUAUACUUGAUGAAUGGGAGUGACUUGACUGUACAACAAACCAGCACAGAUGGAGAGUCGGAUACUUCGAGCGUAUUGGAGGUGAGGGGACAAUUUGCAAAGAACAGUUUGUCUUCUACACUUUACGCAUUUGCUAGGGAUUCUUCCAACUUGAUUGGUUUGGAUUUUGAUUAUGAUUUAAUAUCAGAGGAGGUCCAAUCUAGAAUUGCCCUAUGCUUGAUGAGAAACAUGAGACGGACCAUGGAUUCUACUUUCCAGUUAGACGAGCUGGAUUCACAAGAUGAUUUAUUAUUUGAUGGCUCAUUAGUUACCAUGACAGCUGAAAGUGUCUUAGAAAAACUGAAUUUGUUGAGCGAUAAGAGCUUGAAGGUUAGAAAGGAUACUACAAAGAGGUAUCUGCUGAAGAAAUACAUUGAAAAAUUUCAUAUCUUGCAUCAUAACGUUCAGCACACAAUAGAUUCUAUGUUUGAGAAAAGGAAAUCGGGUGAACUACCAUUACAAGAAAAGGAGAAUCUUGUUAGACUGCUUCUUUUAGAACAAAAUUUAUGCAAUAUCCUUGAACUAUUUUCUCACAAUCCAAACCUGAGCGAUGUCCUGGGCUCCGGUAAGGAUGAUGAUCCUAAACAAAAGAUCAACUCCGGAGAAGAUCCGAAAUUGCCAGCUUUGAAGCACGUUGAAUCCGGAUACCAUGUCUCAGAAGAAAAAACACGGCCUGAAAAUGAUGUAAUUACAGCAAGACCACAUUUAAUGGCCACUGAUUCUGGUAAAACAAUUGACGUCUUCACAGGCAAACCUUUAGUAUUCAAGAAUUCAUCAUCAACUACUUCUGCAGGUUGCAAAAAGCAAGAGGAAGAAGAAGGUGAAUUGCAUAAAUGGGGUUUCUUCGUCCAACAGCAGAGAUCUUUAUAUCCUGAGAGUGAAUCUGCAAGGCAAACACGAUCGACACCACGCCAUACAUCUAGUAAUGUACAGGUUAUAGAUAAUUCAACUUCAUCAUCUUCAGUUUCAGCUUCUACUAAUGAAACGGCUGUUACAAGUACAUUUAGCCCAGUGAUCCCAAAGAUCUUGCCAAAGAUUCCAUCAGGUGCUGUCUUAAGGUCAGCAAUCAUGAAGGCUAAAGGUAUUGACUCUAUCGAUGAUUUGAUUCAAAAUGUCAACUCUAACAACAUAGAACUGGAGAACAUUUACGGUGAAUCUAUUCAAAGCAGUACUUCGACACCCACCUCAGACGUCGGUCCCGAUAUUGCUACCCCUGUCCCGGGCACGAAAUCUUCAGAGAUAUUGCCUGUAGAUUCGGAUAGCGAUAACAACUGUGAGGGGAAAGUCACUGCUACUUAUGAAAAGCUAUUAAACAAUUUGUCCAUGGAGAGAUCGAUCAAACUGUGA